AUUGAUAACAGUGAUAAUGGAGAAGUAGUACGACGAAAAUUAAAAUGUACAUAUUACAAUUACAAUUUUCAAUUGAUAUUCUUUAUUUAAUUAAUUUUCCAACGCAAACGGGACGAAUGACGAAUGCCCGAGUGAGAAGUGAGAACCCAAAGGCCAAAACACAAUAAAUUUUCACCUGGCAAUGGCAAUUGGCAAUGCAAUUUGUAUUUUUGCAGUUUGAUAAUUGUAUUUCAUAUUUAAUAAUUAAUUAGUUGAAACUUGAAAGUUGAGUUUAUUUUAGAAUAAAUACACUGUCUAAGAUGUUAUCUCGUUUAUCUGCGAGAGCAAUAUUUAAACCGCAGUCCUUCUUCGGGCUGUCAUAUGCACGACCCGCGUCUACAGAAGUUGUCAAAACUGAAGAACAGCCGGAGAAACCAGUUACUCAACUGAAAGCAGAUUAUAUUCCUUUACCAUCUCCUUUUCACGGACUUGAACGAGAUUUAGUCAAUUUCCCUAAACCUGUCAGACUUGAGAAUACCUCACCAUGCCGAAUGGUAUUCAUUCCAGAAGAAUGGUUCAAAUUCUUGUACCCUAAACUGGGAGUUGCCGGUCCCUAUACUUUGGGUAUUGGUAUUAUGGAGACGUUGAUUAGCAAAGAAUUUGAUCUCAUCGAUGAUGCUGAAUUCAAGCAUUCUGUCGCGAAAUCACCGCUCGGUAAAAUGGCGGCCGAUUUAUUCCCAACUAAGAAAGAAGAUAUCGUUUUACAGCGGGAAGCGGUUUAUCAACCAAAUAUGAUGAAGAUGAACCUAUACCAACAGCGUCAGGCCCAUCGUAUGUCGUAUAUACAUCGUCGCUUUUAUUCUUCAGAAAAUGAUAUCCGCUACUCAUUGAAGGAAAUGUUUAACGAUGUGAAUAAGACGCUCAACGAAUUGAAAUCUGCUAACUGUGAUAGUCGGGUAAAGUUAGAAGAAUUUAAAACAGAAAUGAUAAAAGCUUACCAGGAAUCCCAAAAAGAAUUUUCUAAAGAGAUUAGAGAAACCAGAAAUUCGAACGAAAAGACGUACGAUAAAGUAUUUAGCACAUACAUUUUCAGCGCAAUCUCGGCUGCGGGUGUCGGUGCCGCGAUAAUCCGCGAAUUAUUCUAAUAUUUGUGAGUGAAUUAUUUACUUAUACAUUCCACGUCUUGAAGAUACCUAUAUAUAACAAACGUCUUGUUAUUUUCAACUUCAAAAAUUAGCAGUCGUUCACCGAGAGGACGUGUAUGUCCUGGCGAUAAUGAAUAUUCGUUCAAAAGGUGUAUUCAUAUCACGAACGUAUUUUUAUUUAACCAAGUGUCUUAGUUCCUGGCGAUAGUGAAUAUUUGUUCAGAAGGUGUAUUGUAUACGCAAUGUGAUCUCACUAAAGUCUUUUUAUUUAAUCAAGUGUCUUAUAGUUAUUAUAAUCAUCAAUCUUAAUACAUACUUUCUUGCAUUGUUACAA